GGAGGGACGAGAGCGUGAGGGCCGAAGUAGCUCCAGCCGCGCUCCCGUACGACCCCCGCGGCGCCGCGGGGCCGGUCCGCACACAAUUAAAGCGGGAUUCCUCCCCCGCUGACGUCGGCGGCGCCGAGGCCCCUCCCGCGGCUGCAUAAAAGGCGCGGGCUCCGCAGCGCAGGCGGCAGUGGGGGCCGAGGAGCGCGGCUGAGAAGACCGUGUAGCUGAGAAGCGCGGUGCCCAGAGCGCGGGCCGCCUGCGGAGCGACUGCCCUAGCCAGCCCGAACCCGGUCCCAGCCCGAGCCCCACCGGAGCCUAGCGGGCCCAGUGAUCCAGGUGUCCGCAGCCAUGCUGGCCGGCCGCGCCGCGCGCACCUGUGCGCUGCUCGCCCUCUGCCUCCUGGGCAGUCGGGCCCAGGAUUUCGGGCCGACCCGCUUCAUCUGCACUUCGGUGCCGGUGGACGCCGACAUGUGUGCCGCGUCCGUAGCCACCGGCGGCGCGGAGGAGCUUCGGAGCAAUGUGCUGCAGCUCCGCGAGACCGUGCUGCAGCAGAAGGAGACCAUCCUCAGCCAGAAGGAGACCAUCAGGGAGCUGACCACCAAGCUUGGCCGCUGCGAGAGCCAGAGCACCCUGGACGCAGGUCCCGGCGAGGGCAGGUCGGGCGGCGGCCGCAAGCAGCCUGGCUCGGGCAAGAACACGAUGGGCGACCUGUCCCGGACGCCGGCCGCGGAGACACUCAGCCAACUCGGGCAAACUUUGCAGUCUCUCAAAACCCGACUGGAGAACCUCGAGCAGUACAGCCGCCUCAAUUCUUCCAGCCAGACCAACAGCCUCAAGGAUCUGCUGCAGAGUAAGAUCGAUGACCUGGAGCGGCAGGUGCUGUCUCGGGUGAACACUCUGGAGGAGGGCAAAGGGGGCCCCAAGAACGACACAGAGGAGAGGGUCAAGAUCGAGAGCGCCUUGACAUCCCUGCAUCAGCGGAUCAGCGAGCUGGAGAAAGGUCAGAAAGACAAUCGCCCCGGAGACAAGUUUCAGCUAACAUUCCCACUGCGGACCAACUACAUGUAUGCCAAGGUGAAAAAGAGCCUGCCGGAAAUGUACGCCUUCACCGUGUGCAUGUGGCUCAAAUCCAGUGCAGCGCCUGGAGUGGGCACACCCUUCUCUUACGCUGUGCCUGGGCAGGCCAACGAGCUGGUCCUCAUCGAGUGGGGCAACAACCCCAUGGAGAUUCUCAUUAAUGACAAGGUGGCCAAGCUGCCCUUCGUAAUCAAUGAUGGCAAGUGGCACCACAUCUGCGUCACCUGGACCACCCGGGAUGGGGUCUGGGAGGCCUAUCAGGAUGGUACCCAGGGUGGCAAUGGAGAGAACCUGGCUCCCUAUCACCCCAUCAAACCACAGGGUGUGCUGGUGCUGGGCCAGGAACAGGACACUCUAGGCGGAGGGUUUGACGCCACCCAAGCAUUUGUGGGUGAGCUGGCCCAUUUCAACAUCUGGGACCGCAAGCUGACCCCAGGGGAGGUGUACAACCUGGCCACCUGCAGCAGCAAGGCCCUCUCGGGCAAUGUCAUCGCGUGGGCAGAAUCUCAGAUCGAGAUCUUUGGUGGAGCCACCAAGUGGACAUUCGAGGCUUGUCGCCAGAUCAACUGAAGGCUUCGGGCUAGGGCUGAGCCCCCAGCCCCACGCCUGCCCACCCUGCUUGUGCGGUGAUGACCCAUCGUCUCCCCCGCCCCCCCAGGAAUGACUCAAGGCCAUGGCCCCUGCACAUGCACACGCACACAGCCUGGUUUGUCCUCCUUGUGCACAUGAAGCAGUCCCGGCUCUUCUUUGGCCCUAAGGACACCCCCACUUCUCCCUAGGAGCCCUACUAUCUCCCGGGCAUGCCUAGCUAAAGCAGGCAGCAUCAGCUUUGACAGUGCAGGAUUAGGCGAGAGAAUGUGUGUGUGUGUGUGUGUGUGUGUGUGUGUGUGUGUGUGUGUGUGCAUGCACAUGCACGCACACACACACACGCGUGUAGGGGAGGCUUUUCUUUUAAGAUGAGAUAGUUCGUUCCCUCCUUUCUUUGUGGUUUUUGUACAUUUCUGAUGGGUCAGCUGCCUGUGUGCCUUGGGGCUGGCGCCUUUUCCUCAGAACGUAUUUACCCUCAUUUGCAGACCUCGUUGGGAGGGACAGAGCUCUCUGUCGAUGGAAGUUAGACUAGUUUGUUAUGGCUGGGGGACCUUCCCACAGGAAUUUUUGUUUGGAGUAAGUGGAUUCUCUGAGAAUCGGAGGCUGGCUGUCCUGGGAUGGCACCACCUAGAUUCCAUCAUCUCCCUCCCCCUGCCCGAGUCAGAUUGUCUGUUGUCUGCAUCUGAGGGUAGAGUAGACCACUCAGCAGCUCUGUCCCAGGACUGCACCUGACCCUUGGCCUUUCUGCCUCUUCCUAUCACUCAAGACUGGGACCUGUUAUUCCCUUUCAGCCUCCAAAGCUGUUCUACUUCAGCCCAGUGGUUCUGAGAAGGGAGUGCCCCACCAGAGUCCCAGGACAGCCUUGGCACCCCCUUCUCCCUCUGGUGGAGAAACCAGAGGCUUCAAGUGGGGAUCUCAUGUGCUUGAUCUCAGUUCCAGAGGGCACUGAGACUCGACCCACAGUCCAUGGGAAUGCCUUCCCAUGGCAUUUUUCACAGCCAUACUCCCCUCGCAGCACACCCAGGCCCAGGUGAGCUAGCUCAGACCCCUCUCAGGGGCCAGGGGCUGAGAAACCUCUCAUGUGGAGCCUGCUGGCCAGGGUGGGGCCUGCCAUCCACUCCUGCAUCUCAUGGGGUACAAGCCCUGCAGCAGCCCCAACCUGCCACUGGCCUGUGACACCAAGCCUGUGGCUGUUCCUUAUUGAAAGCAGCAUGAGCACCUCCUUCUGAGGAGAGGGACAAAAUGUGUGUGUGCACAUGUGUCUGUCGAACGAUGGAGAACGCUAAGGAGGCCGUGUCCAGGUGGGGUGGGCCCCUGCUUUGUUUCCCCAUUCUGUGGGCACAUGCCCAGUGACACCUGAACUGUGUCUCCAGUAGCCUGACUAGCAAAAGGCUGGCAAGUCUUUCUAGAAACCUACGCACUGCCUGGCUCGUCUGCAGCUGCAGACGCUUCCUCAACGGGAGCAGGGCUUGCACCUGCUGUUCCUUCCAGGGGCAUCUGUCUCCUUCCACACAGGUCCGUGUUGUGUCUGAACCUAGUGCAUCCGUGUGUGUCCCUGUGUCACUGUCGUUGUGGGUGUCUGCACGGUUCCCCCGUCACUGCUCUGGGGUGCGUUGCUCUCAGAGCAAGCCAACCAGGCAGCGUGCCACUUGUCGACCAGCAGUGGCUUUUUCUUAGAUAGUUGUGCUUCCUCAGCGCCCUUUGGGUUGCGUAUCCUUGGAUCUGUGGGGUCCUUCUGUGUUUGCAUGUACCUCAGGGUGGUGUGUUCCUCGCUCCCUUGGUCCAAUGCGUGUUCCCUUACCUGCAUGGACUUCUCUGGUUCUGUGUUGUGUGCUGAGUGCCACCCAGUGUUCUGUGAUCACCCAUGUAGCUACUGAAAAAUGGCUGGGUAAGCAAGCCAGGGGUGUUGGGGAGGUCAAGAGAGGUCAGUGUCCCUCUUCCUUCCUUCUCCCCAGACAUAGCAAGAAGCAUCUCUAACAUCUAGGUUGAGAACAAGCCUGAAUGGUACCCAUGGUUGGGAGAGAGAGAGAGAGAGAGAGAGAGAGAGUGCGCUCGAGUGAGCUCGGAAUCAACUUUCCAGACCAGAUAGAGCCCCACCCUUACUUUAGCGGUCUGGGAGCCAACACCAGGCAAGGCCCAGAGCUGGCUGUGCCCGGUGCACUCCUGCCAACCCCUGCCACCAGCCCCAGCCCCUGCCAAUGCGGACCCCAGACCACCUGCACCCAGCCGGGUGGGGUGGGAGCCGUCCGUUCAGGACCACAAGCCAUCCUCUGCCCUGGCUUAGAGGGCAGAGCACACCCCAAUGCUUAUGCCCCUUCAUCUCCUCCCCUGCGGCACUCAUAGUGCCAGGGACAGAAGCUGACAUCUAGCUCUUGCCCUGCCCCUAACUGGAGUCUGUGCCAAGUCCCCCCUCCGUCACUGUGCUCACACUUGGCACUUUGCUGGCCCUGAGAAAGCUAACCACAGCCGCAGAUCUAAUCCACAUACUUCCCAUCGACUCCGUAAUCUGACUGAUGUCCCCUCUUGCACUGAAUAAUACAUGCCUCUCUCAGGUAAGCCAUUUUAUAAAAUAAGAGGUAAAAUGCACUGUCGAGACAGUGUCUGCUUCUGCGAUGGUGUCCGACAGCACCCUGGGCAUUAGGGUGGAGAGCUGCCACGGAGCUCCCAGGCCCUAGGGGCUGAGAGCCCACUUGAAUUGUAAGCCUUCUUGCUUUUGAUAACACAGUAUUAUUUCUCUUACUGAAGAAGAAAAAGUUUAUUACCAAAACAAGAGUAUUUUUAUGAAAGAAUAGGACAAACAUAUAAAUUAUCUCAACCUAUAUCUCCCUUGAAAAAUACUUUCAGGCUCCACCAAAAUGUAGGACUGAAAGCGUGUAUUUUGGCAGAAAGAGAUACAUUUUUGUAUGCUUUCUUUUCCUUUUGUAGAUUCCCAACUUAUUUUCUAAGACUGCAAAGAUCACUUUGUCACCAGCCCUGGGACCUGAGACCAAGGGGUUGUCUUGUGGGCAGUGAGGGGAAAGGAGAGGCUGGCCUGAGGUUCACAGUCACUCCAAUGAGCUCCGAUAAGGGGCCACCAGGUCUUGUAGGUGUGUUGGGGACCAGGAGGUUAAAAAAAAAAAAAAAGCCUUUGAUGGUGAGUUCUUUGUCUUGGAACUGAUUGGUUAUGUGGGACAGGAUGGGGAUUUGGAUACCAGUUCUGAGCUUGAUAGAAGACACGAGGGUUAUGCUGGCUAACACAAGGGCAUUGCGUCCUUAGUAAUUCGUCAUGAUUUCAUCUAAAACACAAUGUGUAAACUUACUCAGCUAACGAUGGGAAUUGUAUUGCUUCUGUGCACGGUGGACUUAGUGCAAUCUGUUCAAAAGGGAACAAGUCAUUGAGGAGAAACAAAAGCCCAAUACUUAGAGUCCCAAUUUUGUCUUAUUUGCCAAAAGAAAGCACCCCCCCCUAGAGUUGAUAUUGUUAUAAUGUACAUACUGUAAAAUAUGAAUCAAUGUAUCUUACUUUUUCAUUAUUUGCUAACCAAAGCUGUACAUUUUUCAUACGAUCUGCAGCCUUUUGAGUAUCAAAGGGGUAAACACCACCAUCAGCCAUUCUGGAAGUGCACUAUUUAUACUGGUACCCUUGCUUUUUUCCCCCAUUUUCUUGCUGAGAUGACAUGAAUUGUUGAGUUUAUUUUUACACAGUAAAGAGUGAAGAAAGACUAUG